AUGCCUUCGCGCCCCAAGACCUCCCUCACCAACCCCGAAGCGUUGCCCCUCUCCUCACUGCCCUCCGAAAUCGUCGCCCUCAUCUACUCUUUUUAUCUCGCUCAAAACCCCAUCGAGAACAGGAGCCAUUUCCUCAACCUCAUCACGCUUUCCAAGGAAAUCUAUUCCGAGAAUGCCUGGAGGCUGUAUGAAGUCGUGGAGCUCGACGAUCAGAACUGCAAGGCGUUCUUUGAGGGGGUAUGGAACGCGAGUGAUUUUCCCGAGAAGCCCUCGCGCUCGCAAUCCCCAAGCGUGGAGACGGACGACGGAAAAGAUCAGUCAGAUAUGCGAGGAGACCUUGUCGACGAAAUAGAGCUCUUUACUCCUCCAGGGCGACCUCUGGAACGACCGACCUACCUCUCGUCAGACUCUAAUGCCCCGUACGCCACAUACGAGUACGAGUCCCACAUCCCCUUCCACCUUCACCCCUGUAUUCGAAAAGUCCUCCUCAUACGACAGUGCCGCAGGCUCUAUAUCGAUAGCUGGAAGGCUUUCGAUGAGCUGCAGAUGUGCAACCAUGAUGUCCUGCAAGAAGCCAUCUAUUGGCUUGAUGACAGAGCAUCUAAUGAUUGGGCGAUAGAGCCGUUGUUCUUCUCCGUCACCCACCUUUCGUUUGGCACACCAUUCAUGACCAGCUACCAAAAAAACAUCGCUACAAAUCGGUACUUGCUGGGACAGUUCGAGCUUUUCGGCUUGUCGCUCAAGCACAUCUGCCUGGCCCUUUGCGACGACUAUUACGAUGUAGACAGCUCGGACGACUGCGAUUGCGAUGCUCUCGAGCGUAGAAUAGAGAGUGUGACAGAACUGCUCCAAGAAGACCUUUCGUUCGCACUCUGGUCCACGAUAGAUCAGAAGACGUCCCUGACGUUACACGACGCGAGACCCGAGGAUUUCGAAGAUGGACUAGCAGAUACGAUAAUAUACGAGAUGCCUAGAAAGACGGAUGCUGGUGUGGAUGAGUGGAAGAAGCAGAUAAUGAUGGCAGAAGCGGAGAUAGGAAGCCACAUGUCGGUGUUGGGAUACGAGCUACGGCAAGGCGAGGUGGGAGCAGACAGCUGGAAGCCCCAAUUUCAGCCUUGGAAGAUACGUUUCACCAAUAUGGCGCCCCUUCCAGCCGACGUCGAUCUCCCCCAGCUCUUCUUGAACGAUUGCUCCUAUAGCCGAGAUGGCCCAAACGAACAAUUCGAACAGGUGUUCAGAAAGUGGUGGGAAGAGGUCGUCAGUUUCGAGGGACCGACUAAAUGCGAGUGUUGUGAUAUCUUCAAAAAGGGACAUCCAAAGUCUCCUGCCAGAUCGGCGUGA